CAAUUACAGUUUUUUUCAGUCGCUAACAAGCGUUUUUCUAAACAGUAGUCACAUUUUCAAAACUCUAAACACGAUUAACACAACAUCGGUCCUUUGUGGCCAUACCAUUCACACAUUUCAUGUUGUUUUCACACAAUAUGCAGUCAGUGAACACAUUUAUAUAAUGCUUACAUUUUCUUAACAGACAAGCUAUACCUCCAAACAAAAUUAUGGAUUGUUUUUGUAUUAUUUACAAAUGUUAACACACAACAUCCCACAAUUGCAAACACAAUAUUCCAAACCUUAGAUACAGUAUAAAAACCUCUGCUUCUGUAAUACAGUAAUAUCAGUUCUAAAACAAUAUAUCUCAGCUGAUAAUAAACAAACAAUUGAAUAAUUGACACACAGCUGAUGUAUGUUGGGUAUAUUGGGUCAACCACAGCUGAUUCCACUCUGGCUUAGAAUCAAUGGCAUUACUAAAAGGAGGACUUUGAGGAGUGAUGUUUUUGGAAACAGAAACCGAAAAAGAUGUCUGGACGAGGAAGAGUUAGAGCAAGGGGCCCAGGGAGAAGAGCAGGCCCAGUGAGAGGAGCAGUGAGAGGUGUAGUAGUGAGAGGAGCAGGAGUAGUGAGAGGAGCAGGAGUAGUGAGAGGAGCAGGAGAAGUGAGAGGAGCAGGAGUAGUGAGAGGAGCAGGAGAAGUGAGAGGAGCAGGAGUAUUGAGAGGAGCAGGAGUAGUGAGAGGAGCAGGAGAAGUGAGAGGAGCAGGAGUAGUGAGAGGAGCAGGAGUAGUGAGAGGUGCAGGAGAAGUGAGAGGAGCAGGAGAAGUGAGAGGAGCAGGAGUAGUGAGAGGAGCAGGAGUAGUGAGAGGAGCAGGAGUAGUGAGAGGAGCAGGAGUAGUGAGAGGAGCAGGAGAAGUGAGAGGAGCAGGUCCAGGGAGAAGAGCAGGCCUAAGGAGAGGGCAAGGUAGAGGUAUAAGAAUGCGUGGUGGUGGCAUUCUAAGGGCUACAAGGGCAGUGGUGAGUGAUGGAAUUCGUGCCACUAUCAUUGACCAUGUGAUAAACCACGGUCUUUCACUAAGGGAGGCUGGUGAAAGAGUACAGCCCAAUUUGGGGCGGUCAACGGUUGCGUCAAUUAUACGCAUCUUUCAACAAACCAACAGAAUGCAACGUCUUCCUCCCUCUGGGGGAAGAGGUAAGCUCCUUAAUCAUCAACAAGAGCUUGCCAUAGUAGAUAUGGUUGUUGCAAAUAACGCAAUUAAACUGCAUGAGAUUCAAAGCAGAAUUUUGGAGGACCAAGAGAUAUUUCACAAUAUCAAUAGCAUCAGCCUCGCAACCAUUACGCGGACAUUGUCCAAACACAGAGUGCGGAUGAAACAGCUCUACACUGUUCCCUUUGAGAGGAACAGUGAGCGAGUCAAGGUGCUACGACAACAAUAUGUCGAGGUAUAGUGUGUAUAUUCAAUUCAAUGUACAGUUCUAUAAGCUUUGCACUUUUCAAGUAGGUAACCUACUCAGUAAUAGGUUACAGUACUGUAUGGUAUAUAGUACUAUAAUGGCAUGAUUUACAUACAUUUUGUUUCAGAGAGUUAUGGAAUUGGAGGCCAACCAGGCCCCUCAUGAAUUCGUAUACGUGGAUGAGGCAGGAUUUAAUCUGGCCAAAAGGCGUCGACGUGGAAGAAAUGUCAUUGGAAAAAGGGCCACAGUUGAUGUUCCUGGACAGAGAGGGGCAAAUAUCACUAUGUGUGCGGCAAUUUCAAAUGCAGGAUCACUCCUCCACAAAUGUCAGGUUGGACCUUACAACACCGAGCGCCUCCUUGCUUUUCUCGAUGAUCUCCACCAGCGCCUGGUUCCAGAGCAGGAUCAGGAGGGUGAAAACAGGAGGACCUUCGUUAUCACCUGGGACAACGUGGCCUUCCAUCACUCACAAGCAGUUACAGCAUGGUUUGAGGUCCACCCAAGACUGAUUCGUCUAUUUCUUCCACCCUAUUCACCUUUCCUCAACCCCAUAGAGGAGUUAUUUUCUACAUGGAGGUGGAAAGUCUAUGACCAUCAGCCACGUGACCAGUUGUCCCUCCUUGAAGCCAUGGAUGCUGGCUGCAGGGACAUCACAGUUGAUGAUUGUCAAGGGUGGAUCAGGCAUUCCAAGCGGUUUUAUCCAAGGUGUAUCGCCUUGGAUAACAUCAGAUGCGAUGUGGAUGAAAACUUGUGGCCUAACCCUGAAGAUCGCAGGGAUUAGAUAAAGGAAUUUUGUGCUUUUUUUUAGUUCUCCCUUUUUACUGGGCUUUUUGCUGUUGCUUUUUUGUUCAUGGAUAUUUUGUUAACUUUACAGUAAACAAUACUGUCAAACGUUUUCUGUUGUAUCAUACUGUAAACAGUAUUUCUACUAUACCUCCUGUAGUAAACAGUAAAGAAAAAAAAACUGAUUAGCUUUUUACUGGAAUGCUUUUGAAUGUGAACAUUACAUGUGGAUAUACAGUACAGUUCCCAACCAAAAAAUUUGGCGUAAAAAACAGUGGAUUGCAUGUUUUGCAUGCAAAUACCUGUAAAACUGAAACAUAAAAGUCUAUGCAGUUUUUGUAAUGUCCACAAUAGCCAGUAUUUUGAAACCUGGUGUACUUUGAUUGGCUGCAUGUUCCUUGUGAAGUGAAAACAAGAGUUAUUCUUUGAAAGAAUAAUUUCAUUUUGAGUCAGAUGUCCAGUGUUUUGGUAAAGUUAGUGUGUGCAGAGAAAGAUGUCUUCUAUUUUGAAAUGAAGAGUUAGUAUAUAGUUAACAAAAUGUGCUUUUGAGAAGAAAAUGAUCUAUUUGGCCAAUUGUGUUUUGUAGGUGUAAGUCUGUGUUAAGAGUUUAGAAAAAGUAUUUUAAGUAUAGGUAAGCGCUCGUUAGCGAUGGAAAAAA